AUAAACACAAUGGUAAAAUAGAAAGUUCAGAAUUGAAUUAAGGCCACUAUUGCUUCAACUCAUAUCAAGAUGGCCGCCUCCAUGACAGCUGGCAAAACUAAAGACCAUUAAUUUUGCAAAAACGAAUGAAUAAUGUACCAAAUGGUCCUUAGAACAUCAUGUCGUGUGUGCUGAGUAACGUCGGUUGUUUCGAGGAUAUUUCUGCUGUGCGUAAAUUCCUUAUUCCCAACAAUAAAGUCUCGGAAACAGUCGAUCUUGGUAAGUCAUAUGGAUGGGAUGAUGCUGACUGGAGUUGGAAUCAAGAGGAUGAAGAGGAAGGAGAGACAUCUGAAGGGAAGAAGGAUGACCAGGAGGCAUGGCUGCAGGAGUGUAGUGUCUCCCUGUCUCCCACCAGUGACCUUAUGGUUCUAGCUUAUGAGGAGAAGGCGGUAUUCUUACAACAGAGGUGGGACCCUCGGGAUGAGGAUGGAAUUGACUAUCGUUACCACAUCAUCUACAAGGGCACCCUCAACCAAGACGAAGGAGAGUGUGUGACUAGCGUGCUAUGCAUCCCUCUGGCAUCUCAAAAGCGUAGCUCACAGGGGGCACCGGAUUGGACUUGUGUUGUGGUAGGCUUUACGACGGGCUAUGUGCGUAUGUACACUGAGACUGGCGCCCUGCUACUGUCCCAACUUCUCCAUGAGGAUCCAAUUCUGAAGCUAAAGUGUCGUACAUAUGAGACUCCCCGGUACCCCGGCAUAGCUGAGCAGCAAGAAGAGCUGACAAUCCUGUAUCCCAGUGCAUUGGUUACCAUCGAUGGUUUCAGCCUGUUUCAGUCUCUCAGAGCGUGCCGCAAUCAACUUGCAAGAGCUGCAGCCAGUGGCAGUGACCAGAUCCAACCUCCCCCUCUAGCCUACAAGAAGUGGGGACUGGUCAGACAAGAUGCCAUCACUGACCAUGUCAGCUGUGGCGUGGUGACACCCUGUGCCUUUGACCAGCUGAAUGCAGACUCCAUCAUCAAUGGCUACACUGCCAGUGUCAAGGCCACGCCCCCAGCCGCCUCGCGCUAUGUCACCACAGGUGUUGGGCCAUAUGUGGGUUUCUUUUAUGCCUUAGAGGGAAGCAGCCAACCGUUGCUUUCUGAUGUUGCCAUGGCGAUGGCAAGCAAGCUCAAGUCUGCAUUUUUGUCAGCCGCAAGUGGUUGGUUUGGCAUUGGCAGUGGCAGGCAGGGUACCGAAGAUCAGAUGGGUGCAAGCAGACACAGACCCAAAGUGGAACCAGCUACAUCCCUGCCAAUCAGGUUCGGUUUGCCUGACCUGAGACGCAGUGGCGAUUCCUUGCUACUCUCACCAGGGACAAAUCUCGCUGUCACCACCGACAGUUUUGGUCGUGUCAUCCUGAUUGACCUUGUGCGGGGCAUUGCUGUCAGGAUGUGGAAAGGUUAUCGUGAUGCGCAGUGUGGAUGGAUAUCAGUCACUGAGGACUUGCUUCGUGACAAAUCAGACCCGGUGGCCUCCAAAGCCCAACGGCAGCGGACACGGCAGUAUGGUGCCCGGGUGGCACUGUUUCUGGUCAUUUACGCCCCGCGACGAGGCAUCCUAGAGAUAUGGAAUACACAACAAGGACCCAGGGUAGCUGCAUUCAAUGUUCCCAAAUCAUGCCAGCUCCUGUGUCCAGGCUACGGCACGAUGGGUCUAAACAGUCUGUCCCUUCAAGACUCCCGGACCAGGCCGCACACUCUUCAGUGUUGUCUGAUCCAAGCGGAUGGCUUUGUCCGGACCAUCAGCGUGCCCUUCCACCUGGCCUUGAGUGACAAGAACAGCAAAAGAGCCCAUGAUCUGCAUCUCGUCAAGAAGCUGUGUGGUUUACUUCAUCAUCGGGCUACAGUGAAAGAGCCCCUGGACGAGGCAAUUACAGCAAUUCUAGUAGACAUCAAGAUAUCAUCCUACAAGCAGCAGGCACUUGAGAAAGUCUUAUUGGCCCGUGGCAUGAGCCCAUUGGUCCUCCUCCGAGUUGUCCGCUCCCUGUCGUCUCAUCUCAGGGCCCAGGGACCUGAUUGUCUGGACUACGAGGGGCAGUGUCUGCUACGCUACUGCAGCCUGCAGGAGGAACUGUUGCAGGUUUACACUAAGCUGCAGGGUCUGCACAGCCUACAGGAGAUAUCUGGACCCAGCGAUGAGGCAUCAACCAAAGAAUUAGCGACAGCAUUAGACAUCCCGCCAGAAGACAUAAGCUCAUGGCAUCAGCAGAUCAUAACGUACUUAGACGUCGCUCACCACUCCAAAGUCCACUUUGCAUCGGACUACCAGAUGGAGGCCUCGGCAUUCCUGGGCUGCUUUCAGUCCUACGUGGAGCACCAAGGGACCAAGAAGGGUGGCCAAGAUGGGGGAGGUGGUGAGACAGAGGACAGGGAGGAGGCGGGUGGGGCAUCAAGAGGAGAUGAGCUGAGGAUGAGACUCAAGCUCAAGCCAAGCCUGACAGAGGAGUACUCGGUCAAACUAGGUUUGUUUCUGUAUGGAGCCUGUUUGAGAGGAGACUGCCCUGCUCAUGACUUAUGUGCAAUUAUCAAGAAGAUAGAUAUCUCAUCUGAGGAACUGACAAUUUUACUGUUCAAAGUUUGGCUCCAGAACGAGCAGGAUUUGCUGCGGCCUGUCUCACACACGCUGAACCUCCAUUGCCUCUUGGGGGCGCUGUGCCAUGUCACCGGCCAGAGCAGGCAGGGGAACUGCUGGCAGGAAGUUCAGGGUCUACUCAGCCAUUCAGAAAGGGUUGGAGCUGCACUGAUGGCAGCCGUAGUAGCUAGGCGUGUUGCCGUGGAAACAAGGGGCCAAUUAGAAUUAGGAAACAAGAGCUUGGAAUCCACGGAAACCAACAAGGCCGAUAGCAGUGACACACCCAGGAUGAGGAGCCAAGACUCAGGGGGCAGCCCCAUGGAUGUGGACACGCCCAGCUCCGAUUGGGUGGAUGUGACCUUUGACACAGAGGUGUGGGACCAGUUAGCGAGACGCUUGGAAGACAUGCUUGCUCUCAGCUGUCUGGUGCAUGCCAAACCAAGAGAGGGCUCUUUCUCUAAUCCUGGGAGGGCUCACAGCAAGGCAUGGUCUGCCAGCCAGGACACUGGGGCAAUAGUCAGUGAGGGUCAAGUCAUCGAGGUCUCCAUCAACAAGAUCCUAGAGGGAGGAAAAGGUGUCAUAGCUGAAUAUGUAGCUAGAUGGGUUGCCCAGCAGGGUGUGCCCCCUAGCUUCUUGUCAAACUGCUCAGGAAGCAACCAUGCAUUUGGAGGUGCAUCCAGUGAUGGAAUGAUUCUUGACGAUGAUGCGCGACAGGUGCAAGUGUUUUUGGGUGGGGGAAUGUAUAUGGUUCAGAUUGUGUAUUCUAUAUUUGAUUCAUUACAUCAUUUCAUGGAAAGAAGAUGUGUUAUUUGUUGCCAGAUAACAGACUUACUCAAGUCAGCCCUGGGUCACUUGCAGACGAUACGUAAUCCUCUACUUCAACAUGGCAUAGCCAGCAUGAUGUGGCAUACCUUUACUGUCAAGCGGGUCUCUUCAACAGCUUUCCUCAUCGACAAAAUUGGCAAAGCACCCAAGGAUAGACUAUGUCGGAAGGAUGUCGGUAUCAGUGAUGUGUCGUUAGAGUCAUUCAUUGGACUUUGCUGUGAGUUACUGGACAUGAUUUAUGUGGUAGAGACCGAGUCUUCCCUGGUCCCCUCCCUGGAGAUGGAGGAGCUAUGGCAAGACAUUCAGGGCCCCACACCGCUAGCUGAGUUAGCUGUCAGCCAGCCGCUACCAAACCACUACAUGGUGGAUCUACACAAGCAACUGACGACAUCACUACAUGCAAUUUUGGUGUUCAACAUCAAGUCCAUCAAGCCACUUAAGGUCUUGUUUGACUACAAAGCUAGGAAUGCCUUCUUCAGGGACCUAGAUGCCCCUGUCAUGCAACCCACUGGAGAGGUCGACCAGGGACUACAGAGGAACAGAGAACAGUUCAUGAUGAGGAUCAUCACAGCUGCUGUAGAAAGUCUCCCUCCAAAUCACUCUGUGGACCCCAAGGACGCGGAGCCCAUCUGCCAGUCACCGCCCAUCAUGCCGUCCAGCCCCGGUCCCCUGGACAUCCGCAGACUCCGCAGGAGUCACCCGGCUCACACCUGGCCGGGGACUGCGGUCCAGCUGGCCAUAGCCUUUGGCAGUGAUGUAGACGGUCUGAAGAGACACCACGUCUGUGAGCUGUACAAGAGUGGAUAUGAUGCCAUUGGACAAGAGGUUUUAGUGACUGUAACAGACCACACUCAGAUGGCCAUUGGGCUAAUCAAUGUAAUAGGUCUCCGUUUAGCCCAGGUGUUUAUUCUAGAUGUCAAUCCUGCCAGUGUUGCCCGACAAUCUUCCCUUCCAGCCUCCCUCAUGACAUGGCUGAAAGUGUUGGCUAAAGACUCCAACCUGCGAUGCCCCCAUCCACCCAUUCCAGACACUGCUCAUCUGGUCAGCAAAGCCGUCGGUCUGCUCCCAGAGACACACCCACAGUACGCUCUGGGACUGCAACUUGUAGAAGCUGUGGGAUCACUCACAUAAAAGAGUUCUCGAACCAGCUUGACAAGCACUACACGAUGCAGAGUUCAGAAACACCAUCAGGAAUGAUCUCUUUCUUAGCAACACAUCGACGGUGAAAUUUUUACUAAGCUUGGACGUGAACUCCAGACCAUUGAUAGGCCCGUAUGCUGGAGAACUGGUGUUCAGAUGAACCCAUUACUUGGGGCUCUUUUUCCACACAAGAUGUUUGAAUGAGUUUUAAGUUCUUUUUAAUUUUCACAAUCAGCAAACAGUUUUGAGUAAGAAUGAUAUUUGAGUAAGAAUGAUAUAAAAUAAGCUUUAUAGAAUGAUGAAUUUGGCCUGCAAAAUACAUUGUCCAAAUCUAUAAAAAGAAGGAAAGUGUGCCCAAUACCAAGCCCAAGAUCCAGGCAUGAGCAACAGUAGCAGCUGUUGUGCAAUGCAAACGUUCUGCCUUCUGGUUUGACAAACCUCCCCCCUCCAGUCAGGGAACAGGUCUGAGUCAACUGCUAAAUUACCAUACUUACAAAAAUGUUGAAGUCAUCCUCUAAAAUAUCUGAGUUGUUUCGAGACAACUAACACCUGGAAAUCUCAAGUAUUGCACUGGACAUUUAUCAAGUAAAUAUCUUGGAUUUGUUUGAUUCUUAGCUAAGGAGACAGGGUACACAUGUGACAAGUAUACUGUUGGAAUCUGUGGCAAAUAUACUGUAAAAGAGAAUACACAGUUUUUGUUUCAAGAUGUACUUUGCAUUGUGGAGAUGUUAAUUUUCGACAGUUUUUGUUGUUUUAUUCAAUAGUUUUUUGUCAGUAUUCAUGAUUGCCAUUUAUUGUUGCUAAAUCCUACAUCAUUUGGCCAUCUUGUUCAACUUUUUAUUUGGCUUUGAAGUAAAACAGAGGAUACAUCUUGACUUCAGAGACUUGGAGUUUUAUAUCGUCAUUAACUAUGACAGAACCUUAAAAUCUCAGCUUUGGUUUGGGAUCAUGCAUCAAGGUUUAGAUAGAUCUACAGUCUGUUGAUCAAACCAAGCAAAUCAUACUCAGAGACUAAUGUCCCUCUCCCUUGAAAGUCUGUCUUUGUCUCUCUUGACCAGCUUGUAGGUACCAUUUGGUUUCUCUUUCUUUUUUUUUUUAAGUAAUAUUACUUAGGAACUUUUUGCCAUCGUCACAUUACAGUGCACUGAUGUAAUCGUAUGCAGCCUAUAAUCGGCGGUGUGAUUGUGCAUUUCUUGAAGCCAGUUCGUUCUGUCGUUUUGGCUCUCAGACUGUUGUGCCUCUGGAAAAACUGUCAACUUCUUCCUGUUAAUGAGAAAAUAGGCUUCAGAGUGCUUCACAGUCACUAAAUAUAGAUGUGUCUGGGUACAUGACCAUUAUACACCCUACAGCUAAAGCAUUUAGCAGGUGCUGUGAAAAACCAUCAGGUAGUAGGUUUGGUGUUGUAACAGCUGGUGCAGUGAUUUCACUGUGGCAAAGGACAUUGUAUUGAACUCAACUGCUUGGAUUCAUCUGUAGAUGUCAUUUUGAUUUGAUAAAACUACCAUAAUUCUCAGUUGAAACCUCUAUAUGUUCGCUUUUUAAAUAUGAUAAUGCUUCCAUUAUUUGUAAUAAGCUUACUGUGUCAUACAAACAAAAGUAAUGUAAAACAUAAGUCAAGUAAAGUUACAUUUAAAUGAUGUAAAUAUUGGUUUUUUAUAUGUUGACCUUUGACCCUGGCUUUGGUUCAAGUAGAUUCCGAACCCCCUCUCAUUGCGUGUAGUUCUGUUUUUGACCUUCAUUCAGAAAAUUUGUUUUCUCUGUCUUUGGUUUUCUGUCUAUUGAAUAAAAACACUUCUUUCAGCUGAAAUUUUAUUUUGUUCAAAGACCAUCAAGGUUGUAAUUAGGAUGAUUUAUGCUUAUUUUUUAUUCCACUUGCCAAUAUAUUGUAAUACUAAAAAUGCUUGAACAUGGUUUCUUGCGUUACCUUUUGAAAGAAUGCACUAUUUGAAAAUUUAAAACAUGGACAAAUGCAGUCUGAAUACAAUUGCAUCUUGUAUGAUGCACAAAUAAAUUAUGAAUGUUCAAUAAUAAUUUUGUCAGUAGUAAAUAAAAGAUUCAUUAAAUAUCUGCAAGUAACAUGGGA